CAUAUUUUGUGUGACCUGACUUUCAAGAAUGGUUGGCUUCUCUGUACAGCUCCUGGGCAUAAGAAUCUUCAUUUCUUGCAUAGGACUUUUGGGUAAUGUAUUCCUCAUCUUCUCCAUCGUUCAGAUCAAGUUCUCCCGGGUCAAAUCCUUUGAGUUGUUUCUUUUGGGAAUGGCUAUAGCCAACUUGGAGGAAAUCCUCAUCGUGAACAGCUAUGACACUAUCGUCCUCCAGACUUCCUCCACAUACACUGGCACUUUGUCAUGUCGCACGCUCAAGUUCCUGACUGUGUUUGGUGAGAUUACCAGUAUCCUCUUCACCGUCCUCAUCAGCAUCUUCCGCUACCAGAAGCUAAGAGACGCAGAGAAGAGGGUCAACCUCCCAAUCGUCCUGGACAACAUUGGUUCGGCCUGGAUGGUGAGUGGAGUUUGCGUGAUGCUCUCCGUCCUGCUGAGCAUCCCCAUUUUUUUCAUAAACCUUCAAGCCCCAGCAGAAAACAUCACGAGAAACAACACUGGCUGCCCUCCAGAUUUCUUUCAGUGUAGUAAAAAUAUGUGUCCCACAUUCAACAAAUUUUACAAGUACAUGUUCAUCAUAGCAUGCAACGUACUGCCUCUGAUCAUCGUCACGGUCACCAGCUGCCUUAUCAUCACAGUGCUGCUGAACCAGAGGAAGAUGGUAACACCAGUGGUGAGCGUGAGCGGGCAAAGCCAGUUUGGUGGGAAGAGCAAAGAUGUGAGGCUCCAGCGAAGCACCAUAGCUGUACUGGCAGCUAUGGGAUUGUUCCUUGUAGACUGGACUCUCUACCUGAUAUUCCAGCUGACUUUUAACUCCACCAAAUUUCCUUUUUGGGCUGAAAUGGAGUUCUUUAUCUCAAUUUCCUACACAUCCUUCAGUCCAUUUGUAUACGGGAUCGGGAAUAAUCUGUUCUCUCUCAAAAAUUUAAUAAGACUUUUUUGAUUUUUUUAGUGAUAGAAUAGAACUUGAAAAAUCACAAAUCACAUGUUUUUUGCUUGCCAGUAAUUUUUUUUGUAAUUACAUCUUAUAAACUGAC